AAUUUUAAAUAUAUUCAGUAUAACAUUAUUUAUGUAUUUAGUGGAAUAUGUAACUGAAUCCAGUAGUGUGUUCAGUGUUCUGCUGUCAUCACUAUUUCAGUUGUCCACCUACCUUGUUAAUAUCAGUGUGUACUUCAUUUUUAAUAUGUUGUCAAUUUUGUCAGGAAUUUAUUCAGUGUGAUUCACUCUGUGUGUAUGAACUGUUGACAGGAAGCAGAGAGCAGCAUCUCCAGUGUCCAGUGGUGUAUGUGUGAUUCUCCAUAAUGGGGAAUUAUAACUCCAGCAGUAGAGGAGGAACCUCUGAUCCAAAGGUAAAGAGAGCAGAGUCUCCAGCACCCAGCUGUGUGUCUCUGAAGAGUGAUGUGUCCAUGGAUCUUCCUCGUAACUUCAACAGUGGACCUGUGCCGUCUGACCCAAAAAGAACUCAUCCUGUUCUACAUCCACACAAAGACAAGGAAGAGUCCAUACAGCAGGACUCUCGCACACCAGUGGAUAAUGUCCUACACAGAGUCUUACACACACACAAAACCAGCAUGAAGAACAAGUAUGAGAGUUUAUUUGAGGGAACCAAAUCACAAGAGAAUAAAACCCUCCUGAACAGGGUUUACACACAACUCUACAUCUUAGAGGGAGAGAGUGAAGGAGUAAAUGAAGAACAUGAGGUUUUACAGAUGGAGAAAACACCCAGGAAACAGCUGGUACAAGACACACCAAUCUACUGCUCAGACAUCUUUAAACCUGUACAAGGUCCUGAAGGAGACAUGAAGGAAGAGAAGAUCAGAGCUGUGAUGGCUGAAGGUGUCAGACACACAGAACCAAAAGAAGAUAAAGACCCGGAAGUGCCAAAGCUCAGAACUGUUCUGACUAAAGGCAUUGCAGGCAUUGGGAAAACUGUCUCAGUGCAGAAGUUCGUUGUGGACUGGGCAGAGGGAAAAGCCAAUCAGGAUGUAGAUUUCAUGUUUGUGCUUCCAUUCCGGGAGUUGAACCUGGUUAAAGAUAAUCAGUACAGUCUGCAUAGACUCCUGUGUGACUUCCACCCUGAGAUCAAAGACCUGGACCCAAAGAUAUAUGAUAUGUACAAAGUUGUGUUCAUCUUUGAUGGCCUGGAUGAAAGCAGAUUUGAACUGAAUGUUUCCCAGUGUAAUAAAGUCUCUGACAUAAGCAUGACAUCAUCAGUAGGUGCGCUGAUGUCAAACCUCAUCAAAGGAGAGCUGCUUCCCUCUGUUCUCAUCUGGAUAACCUCCCGACCAGCAGCAGCCAAUCAACUCCCUUCUCAGUACAUCAACCGUGUGACAGAAAUUCAGGGAUUCACGGACCUACAGAAGGAGGAGUACUUCAGGAAGAGAAUCAGUGACCAAGACCAAGCUGAGAAAAUCAUCUCACACAUAAAGACAGCAAAGAGCCUCCACAUCAUGUGUCACAUACCAGUCUUCUGUUGGAUCUCAGCCACUGUGCUUCAGAAAAUACUAAAACAAACUAAUACAGAAAUCCCUAAAACUCUGACUGAGAUGUACAUACAGUUCCUGCACACUCAGAUCAACAGGAAGAAUGAGAAGUAUGAGGGGGAAAAGGAAAGAGAUCAAAAGAAACAUCUGGAAUCCAACAGGUCCAUGAUUCUGAAACUGGCUGAACUGGCUUUCAAACAGCUGAUGAAGGGAAACGUGAUGUUCUAUGAAGAAGACCUGAGAGAGUGUGGCAUUGGUGUCACUGAGGCCUCCGUGUACUCUGGGAUCUGCACUGAGAUCUUUAGGGAGGAAUCUGUGCUGUACCAGAGGAAGAUCUACUGCUUGGUACAUCUGAGCUUUCAGGAGUUCCUGGCUGCUCUCUAUGUGUUUCACUGUUUUAUCAACAAUAAAAGGAGGGCGCUGCAGGCUUUUAAUUUACAGCCCUGGUUUUGGUCUAAGAAUGUUCCUCUCAGUGACCUGCUGAAGGCAGCAGUGUGUAAAGCCUUAGAGAGUCAGAAUGGACACCUGGACCUUUUCCUCCGUUUCUUGCUGGGCAUCUCGCUGGAGUCCAAUCAGAGUCUCCUACAAGGCCUACUGACACACACACACAGCAGCCCAGAGAGCAUCUUGGGCACAGUCCAGCACAUCAAAGGCAAAAUACAAACAGAGGACCUCCCCACUGAGAGAUCCAUCAGCCUGUUCCUCUGUCUGUCUGAAAUGAAGGACCAGUCUCUCCUCAGAGAGAUUCAGGAGUAUAUACAAUCAGAGAAACACUCAGCACAGAAGCUCUCUCCUGGACAGUGUUCAAUACUGGCUUACAUGCUUCUGACCGCAGAGGAGGUGCUGGAGGAGUUGGACUUGGAGAAAUACAACACAUCACAGGAGGGUUACAGGAGGCUGAUCCCAGCUGCUGCAAACUGCAGGAAGGCUCUUACUGAUGGAUGUUGCUGGAGACAGAUUUCGUGUAAAACUGUAUGUUCCACUUUGGCAUCAUCAAAUUCCCCCCUGAGAGAACUGUGUAUCAGUAUCAGCACCCUGGAAGAUGAAGGAGUGAAGCUGCUUUUUGAUGGGCUGAAGACACACUGUAGCCUGGGGAGGCUCAGUCUUACAGACUGUAACCUCACAACAGACAGCAGUAAAUGUCUGUCCUCUGUUCUGACAUCAGCCAAGUCCUUCCUGAGAGAACUGCACCUCAGAAAUUGUGACUUUCAGGAUUCAGGAGUGGAGCAGCUCUCUGCUGCACUGAAGAGUUCACACUGUAAACUGGAGAUGCUCAGUCUUACAGGCUGUAAUCUCACAACAGACAGCAGUAAAAGUCUCUCCUCUGUUCUGACAUCAGCCAAGUCCUUCCUGAGAGAACUGCACCUCACAACAUGUGACUUUCAGGAUUCAGGAGUGGAGCAGCUCUCUGCUGCACUGAAGAGUUCACACUGUAAACUGGAGAUUCUCAGACUAGAAAUGUGUAAUCUUGGAGAACAGACAUGUAAAAUUUUGGGCUCAGCUCUACAACUCACAAAUAACCCACUGAGAGAACUCGACCUGAGUAACAAUGAUCUGCAGGAUUCAGGUGUGAAGUGGCUCUCUGCUGGACUGAAGAGUUCACAUUGUAAACUGGAGAUUCUCAGACUGUCUGGUUGUUUGGUCACAGAGGAAAGCUGUUCUUCUCUGGCUUCAGCUCUGAGGUCAAACCCCUCCCACCUGAAAGAACUGGAUCUGACCUACAACCACCCAGGAGAGUCAGGAGUGAAGCUGCUCUCUGCUAGACUGGAGGAUCCCCACUGCAGACUGGAGACACUCAGGUUGGAGUAUGCAGGGGAGAUCAGAAUCAUACCAGGACUAAGAAAAUAUGCGUGUGAUCUCACACUGGACCCAAACACAGCACACACAUGUCUGUCUCUGUCUGAGGGGAACAGAAAGGUGACGGGUGUGGAGGAGCAUCAGCCGUAUCCUGAUCAUCCAGAGAGAUUUGAUUACUAUGAGCAGGUUGUGUGUAGAGAGAGUCUGACUGGACGCUGUUACUGGGAGGCUGAGUGGAGUGGGGAGGCUGUUAUAUCAGUGACAUAUAAAGGCAUCAGCAGGAAAAGACACAUUGGUGGCUGUGUGUUUGGAUGUAAUAUAAAGUCCUGGAGUCUGGAGUGCUCUCGGAACAGUUACUAUAUCAGUCACAAUAAUAACUACACUAACAUCUAUGCCCCCUCCAGCUCCAAGAGAGUAGGAGUGUAUCUGGACUGGACUGCAGGCACUCUGUCCUUCUACAGAGUUUCCUCUCACACACACACACUUACACACUUACACACAUUCCACUCCACAUUCACUGAGCCCCUCUAUGCAGGGUUUGGUGUUUGGUAUUCUGACUGCUCAGUGUGUGUGUGUGAGCUAGAAUAGCCUCCUGUGUCCUGGAGAACACCUGAGUCUACAGGGAAACGCACAUCACACACUACACAUCACUCACUCACAAAUUAACACAGGAAUUGUUUGAUCAGCCUUUACUGAUGUGAUUUAAUGAUGGUGAACAUGGAAAUAGCUUUAUUUAGUGAGGACCUGCAGGGGACGAGACAUUUACUGUACGUAUGUGAGAUUAAAUAUUGUUCUUAUAAUAUGUUACUAGAGCUUAAGUUUAGUGUUUAUCUGGCCAGGAGAGUUUGUAUAUUGUAACUAAAUGGGUAAAACAAAAGUAGAUUAAGAGAAAAAUUAACUUACCUGU